AUGUCGGAGAGCUAUGGGGGGCAGGAUCCCAACAGCGAUCAACCCCUGAACAGCCUUGAUGUCACCCCCCUGCGCAAAUCCCGCACCUCCCUGGAGACCUUCAGAAAGGUGGGGAUCCCCAUCAUCGCAGCGUUGGUGAGCCUGCUGACCAUCAUAGCCGUGGCUGUCCUCAUCAAGGUGCUUCUGGACAAUUACUUCCUCUGUGGGCAGCCCCUCCACUUCAUCCCGAGGGAGCAGGUGUGUGAUGGCCAGCAGGACUGUGCCUCAGGGGAGGAUGAGCAGCACUGUGUCAAGGAAUUCCCCGAUGGGCCUCCAGUGACAGUCCGCCUCUCCAGGGACCGAUCCACCCUGCAGGUGCUGAACCUGGCCACAAAGAACUGGGCCUCCGCCUGUUUCGACAACUUCACAGAAGCUCUGGCCAAGACAGCCUGUGGGCAGAUGGGCUAUGACAGCAGCAAACCCAUCUUCAGAGCCGUGGAGAUUGGCCCAGCCCAAGACCUGGAUGUUGUCAAAAUCACAGAGAACAUGCAAGAGCUUCAGGUGCGAAACUCAAGCGGCCCCUGUCUCUCAGGCUCCCUGGUUUCCCUGCAGUGCAUUGCCUGCGGAAAGAGCCUGAAGGUCCCUCGGGUGGUGGGUGGGGAGACGGCCUCUGUGGAUUCUUGGCCUUGGCAGGUCAGCAUCCAGUAUGACAAACAGCACAUCUGUGGAGGGAGCAUCCUGGACCCACACUGGAUCCUCACGGCAGCCCACUGCUUCCGGAAGCAUCUCGAUGUGUCCAACUGGAAGGUGAUGGCAGGCUCAGACAAACUGGGCAACUUCCCAUCCCUGCCUGUGGCCAAGAUCUUCAUCAUCGAGCCAAACAUCACGUCCCGCAAAGAGCGGGACAUGGCCCUCGUGAAGCUGCAGCUCCCACUCACGUUCUCCGACACAGUCAGGCCCAUCUGCCUGCCCUUCUCUGAUGAGGAGCUCCCUCCAGCCACCCCACUCUGGAUCAUCGGAUGGGGCUAUACAGCAGAGAACGGAGGGAAGAUAUCUGACAUACUGCUGCAGGCAUCUGUCCAGCUCAUUGACAGCACUCGGUGCAAUGCAGAGGAUGCGUACCAGGGGGAGGUCACCAAGAAGAUGCUGUGUGCAGGCAUCCUGGAGGGCGGUGUGGACACCUGCCAGGGUGACAGCGGUGGGCCUCUGAUGUAUCGCUCUGACCGGUGGCAAGUAGUGGGCAUCGUGAGCUGGGGCUAUGGCUGUGGGGAGCCGAGCACCCCGGGAGUGUACACCAAGACCACAGCCUAUCUCAACUGGAUCUACAAUGUCCGGAAGAAGGAGACUAUCAGACAUUUUCCAGAGAACUGA